UCGUCCUCGGCUAUUCUGGGGCAGUUUCAGAGAACCUGAAGGCACCUGACAAACUUAACCUCUUUGCUUGAAGUUUUCCUUUUUUGAUUCCGUUAAAUAGGUGUCCCCCGGAAAAUUUUGUUUACGCGUUCCCGACGUAGUGUUUUGCAGUUCUCCACCCGUAUCGGCCUACGCGUGAAAUUGCUUAAGUGUUUCAUUGUUUUUCGGGCUUCAGGAUCCAACGGCGGUAGUGAAGUGCUUUCGAUAGAUACGUUCGAUUUUUUUGCAGUAAAUAAAAUCUUUACACAUAAUAUUAUGAACCUAGAAGAAAACUUUUUUCAUGAAAUAUAAAAUGAGCUCACUCAACGCUGAGAAACGCUAAAACAACCUCGAAAAAGCAGUUACCAACUUCGGUCUAACUUAAAAAAACUCCAUUAUGGCUUGGGGUUAUUGGAGCGCCACCACCGUCUCCGACAGGGGCAGAAGCCCCAGAAGAAACACUCAAAGCAACUCUGGCAGCUCGCAUGCAGGUGGCGCUGCAUCUCACCACCAUUCGAGUAGCAACCAGAAUCACCAGAGUCAAAGUCAGCAGAGCGUGGCGGUGGCGGCGGCGGCGGUGGUGGCGGCGCCCGUGCAGGAGGAGCGGCACGCGCCCGCCCCCGCUCAGAUGAUGUACAGCGCCCAGGGCGCUGGCAGCAUAGUGGUGCAGGAUUUUGAGGAUGUGCACGCGCAGUUGAGUAGAAGGCCCUCGUUGGAUUUGGGGCCUCAGGGAACGCUGGCAGGCAUAAUAUGCGCUGCUCACGGUAGCCGCACGCAGGGGGGGACGCUGUCGGCGGGCAACACGCUCACCAGGGUGGGCAGCCGGCACACGGCGGUAGAAUACGCGGUGCCCCAUCACUUUCACCACCAUCAUCACGCUUACGUCGAGUACCAUCACCAGCAGCAGCAGCAGCUCUCCUUUUCCGACGACGACUCUAGCUCCGAACCCGGAUACGCAACAGUGUUUCCAAAUGUCCCGCCUCAGCCUGGAAUGCCAUGUCAAGGAGAAGACAGGAGCAUAUAUCGAAGGGGAGCCAGACGAUGGCGAAAACUGUACAGAGUGAACGGGCACAUUUUCCAGGCGAAAAGAUUUAACAGGAAAGCUUUCUGCGCCUUUUGCGACGACCGCAUCUGGGGCCUGGGCAGGCAGGGCUUCAAGUGCAUCCAGUGCAAGUUAUUGGUGCACAAGAAGUGCCACAAGGCGGUCAACAAGCCGUGCGCCAGCGACCACUCGGAUCAGCAACCAUCGAGGGACGAAAGGAGCAACGGCGAUGCCGCCGUUGGCCACCAGGGGGCGCUCGGAACGCCCUCGGGGGAUUUACACGGGCGAGACGACUUCCCCGAGCCACCGCCGGACGUUACAGGUGAGAGUGUGCCUGUGGAGGAUCCCAACAAGCCUUUGGACGAUGCGGAACCCGGAUCUCAAAGGCAGUACUCUCUGAACGAUUUUGAGUUGAUUCGCGUUAUUGGAAGGGGGUCGUACGCUAAAGUUUUGAUGGUGGAGUUAAAGAAAACCAGGCGGAUUUAUGCUAUGAAGGUAAUCAAAAAGGCCCUUGUGACCGACGACGAGGACAUCGAUUGGGUGCAGACCGAGAAACACGUGUUCGAAACCGCCUCAAACCAUCCGUUCUUGGUCGGCUUGCAUUCGUGCUUUCAAACGCCUUCGCGGCUAUUUUUCGUGAUCGAAUUCGUGCGCGGCGGCGACCUCAUGUUCCACAUGCAGCGCCAGCGGCGGCUACCCGAAGAACACGCCAGAUUCUACGCGGCGGAAAUCUCGCUGGCUCUUAACUUCCUGCACUGCAAAGGCAUAAUCUACAGAGAUCUGAAGUUGGACAACGUGCUGCUGGACCACGAAGGUCACAUCAAACUGACGGACUACGGCAUGUGUAAGGAGGGGAUACGGUCGGGGGAUACGACUUCCACUUUCUGCGGCACCCCAAAUUACAUCGCCCCUGAAAUACUCAGGGGCGAGGAUUACGGAUUUUCCGUGGAUUGGUGGGCACUAGGGGUUCUGCUGUACGAGAUGCUAGCGGGACGGUCGCCGUUCGACAUAGCAGGAGCGUCGGAAAAUCCCGACCAGAACACCGAGGAUUAUUUGUUCCAAGUUAUUUUGGAAAAAACCAUCCGAAUUCCGAGGUCGUUGUCCGUGAAAGCGGCCAACGUGCUGAAGGGCUUCCUGAACAAAAAUCCUGCGGAUAGGUUGGGUUGCCACAGCCCCGAGUCGUUCUCGGAGAUUAUGAACCAUCAGUUCUUCAAGAGCAUCGAUUGGGAUAUGCUCGAACAAAAACAAGUUCCACCCCCAUACAAACCCCGUUUGGAUUCCGACAGAGACCUGGCAAAUUUCCCCCCAGAAUUCACCGACGAACCCGUGCAUCUCACUCCGGACGACCCGCGCAUCAUCGAAAAAAUCGAUCAGAGUGAAUUCGAGGGUUUCGAAUACGUGAACCCUCUGCUGAUGUCGCUGGAGGACUGCGUGUGACACGACGUCCAGUGCGCCUUACACCCCGCCAACCUGCCGCCGCCGCCGGCGAUGCGCCAUCCGCCGCCGCAAUUCCCGCCCCCGCCGCCUCCCCAUCUCUUCGCGGAGGCGGGGGCGGCGCUCGCCGCGGACUUUAUGCGGCUGGAGGUGGCGGCGGGCGGCGGCCGCCCCAACGGCAAGGGUUCGAUCCUGCAAAACAUCUUCUGCCUUCCUCUCAACUAGCGCGAGGUUUUUU